AUUGCCGACUUAAUGAUCGACCCCGCCUCGAUGCUGGCAUCAAACAAAUACUCAUCUCCAGAGUCGUCACCACAUACUACCUAUGAACGAAGCCAAACGCCGGAACGAGGUCUUAUAGACGGAAAAGAGAAAGAUAAAUAUGUGUGGAGAAUGCACCAACCAUCCCAACCACCCAGAUACCAGCUAUUUCCGAGUUCGAGUCAGGAGAAACUUGCCAUAACCACCUCUCUCGGUCGCAAGACUCCUGAAUUGGACCAAACAUUACCAAAUGCCACGACAGCCAAGGGGAAUGCUGCGGAAGGACCCAGCCCUACUAAUGGCCUGAAGAGGGAGCCAAAUCUCGGCAGACGUCGAAAACCCAGCGUGACGGAUUUAGGACAUAUGGCAACGGUUCAGGAGGUUGCGAUGGAUUCUCCAACUAUACCAGGGAGGUUUCCAGUACAUGAGCGCUCAAUCAGCGCCCCAGGCGAGCCAAGCUGGAGGCAGAAUGUAUUUGGGGAGUCAAUGUUCGCUGCCAUCGAAGGGCCAGUGGUGGAUAUCAAGCAGCGUCGUGUCUCGAGGAUACUCCAGCGCCGCAAUUAUGCUUCGCCGAGCUCUAAGAUGCACUCUAGGCAUGCUAAUAGGCUGGCCCCUCUUAUAAUCCCAACUAAUAUGAACGACUCGCCCGGAAGAGAUACAUUUCCUAAGAGAGUUCUCAACAGGCUCAGUGAGCAGAGCUCCCUCAGCGACACUCCGCCAGAAGUGCCACCAAAGUCAGCAAGGAUGCUGUCGGAAGCGUCUCCCCAGUCUGGGCUAGCUUCAUCGUUACCUUCGUUACCUUCUGUUGUUCCAACCGUAACUCCAUUCAGUCCAUUCACUCCGCUGUCCGAUUUCUCAGCGUCUACUGCAAGUUUGGUACCACUAAAGCUUGCUCCUGGAACAAGCACUUCAUCCCCUCAAGCCCAGGGCCGAGCAUCACCAGCACCAAAGGGGUCAUUCUCGACCCGUAAGCCAAGCCCAACCCCAAGGAAUCAUACUAGAGGCCUUUCAGAGUCGUCGUCAUUUGCGGUCGUGACUAGGCCGGGCCAUAGGCGCACAGAAUCAGAGGCUUCAAUUAUGGACCGUGGACGGCCAAAGAAGCGUGCGGAUGGAUCAUCUAUCAAAAGCGCCACUACGAAGGCACAGGAACAGAGGGCUUUUAUCACAUUGCCCACCGGUGUCAAAGCUUCUGAUGCGCCGUCAAAGUUCUCGCCACAAGACAUCGAAGCUCUAAGGCAACAGGCGCAAGGCCAAGCUGCGCAAUUCGAAGUUUUAGCUUCGAAGCAUGUAGGCGAUUUAUCAAGGGAACUCCGUGCUCUUGAUGAACGCUGCGAGUAUCUCCGUCGGACUCACCGAUCUCUUCGGUCUGGUCGCCGCAACCUCCACGACCGCAUCUGCAGCUACCUCCGGUCGCCACGUGUUGCGCGCUUCUCACAUGAUGCCAUCUUAAAGCAGGAAGAGGCACUUUCGGAGCUAGACGCUAGCAUCGACGAUUGGGUAUCUAAGGUGGAAUAUGCGGAGAACCGCCGUACACGCGUUCGACAAAAGCUUUUCGAACAUGUUGCUGCCGCCUUAAUGAUGCCCUCUCAGCGCAAUGAGAUAGAUAACAGAAGCAUACCCGAAUAUGAAGCAAUAAAUAUUCUACACUCCCCCGCGACAGCCAACCACACACCUCCGAGGUCGCCCACUAAGGCGCUGUCACCAUCGCCAAUUAUUAGCUCGUCGAAGCGACGUGCAUCGCCCGAGCCAGAGGCUCCAGCCCGCCUUGCGCGCCCAGUGCCACCGCAGCUAUCGACAUCGCCUCCUCCACCACACACGCUAGAGAACGAGCCAUUUAAUGAACGACAUAGAGAUAGCCAUAGUACGGCAGGGAGACCGAGUGCAGAGAGCAUCCGCAUCUAUGCCGACUCAGACGUGUACGCACUGCUUGCAGACGUCGAGCAAGAGAUACAUAGGAUGGGUCAAGGUGUUAUAGAAGAGGAGGUUUUACUAUCACAAAUGAAGUAUGAGGCACCGCCUAGGUGCGAAACGCCUAAGAGUGGAACUUCGAGGAGCGGAACACCGACCGGGAUAGAGAGAAUGAAGGGUCUGGUGAAGGAGCAGUUGAGAGUUGCGGGGUUGGUGGGCUAAUUAGAGAGGAGGAAUAUUCUGGACGAUGGCGACGAUUAUUUACGAUUUCGAUGUACGUUGAGACAAGCACGCGCGACAUGCGAAUCAUACCGAUGAUGAUAUGCCUUUGCCGGCGCCAAAACGACGGCCUUUCUUUUCUCGGUCUACUUUAAACCUUUUACCAUGGCUUCUACGCUCUCGCGAGCGUAGUUUGCUUAUAUACCUUCUGGCGUGCGCCGCAGUUUGUUUCAUUUAACGGUCUUGGGUUGGUGUUAUAGGUUGGCGGGUUUGGGCGGUCUAAAUUUGUUCUAGAGCCUGCAAUUUAAGAAUCUACAAUUUGUUUUUGGCCAUGCAAAAUCUACAUAUUAAAGCCUUCGGCUCUUUACUUGUAUCCGUGAUAGCACAAACCGUUGUAGAAACAAAAUAACCCUGUCGAAGUUUCAGAUUGUAUUGACAAAGGGGCAAGUAUCCGAGCGAGGCCUUUCCAACUCGGCAGACGAAUUUGGGCUGGGAACUUGAACUUAUUACAUAAAUUCCAAAAUAACCAGUGUUGUAGCAGGAGG